AGGCCUUGGUGCUGCAGUGCGAGUGGGAGGCGUGCACCUACGUGGCCUCGAAGAUGGAGGAGUUUUGCGAGCACGUAGCCCAGCACCUGCAGCAGCACGUUCCCGGGGAGCACCGGGACGAGAUGGACCCUCUCGAGGAAUACACGUGUUUGUGGCAGGAAUGUGGUUUCUGUUCCCCAGAGAGCUCAGCUGACCUCAUUCGCCACGUCUAUUUUCACUGCUACCACACCAAGCUGAAGCAGUGGGGGCUGCGGGCCCUGCAGAGCCAGUCAGAUGUGAGCCAUUGCCAGCUGGACUUCCAGAGCCGCAAUAUCAUCCCUGAGAUCCAGGAGAACUUUCUAUGUCUGUGGGAGUACUGUGAGAGAUCAUUUGAUAAUCCUGAGUGGUUCUAUCGGCAUGUGGAGGAUCACAGCUUCUGUUCGGAGUACAAGGCAGCAGGCAAGGAGAACCAUGUGGUCCUCUGUGGCUGGAAAGACUGUGAUUGCACCUUCAAGGGGCGCUGCAAACUGCGGGAGCACUUGCGCAGCCACACACAGGAGAAGGUGGUGGCCUGUCCUACCUGUGGGGGGAUGUUCGCCAACAACACCAAGUUUUUUGACCAUAUCCGCCGUCAGACUGCACUGGACCAGCAGAGGUUUCAGUGUUCCCACUGCUCCAAGAGAUUUGCCACAGAGAGGCUGCUCCGUGACCAUAUGAGGAAUCAUGUGAACCAUUACAAGUGCCCUCUGUGUGACAUGACCUGCCCACUGCCCUCCUCCCUGCGCAAUCACAUUCGUUUUCGGCACAGUGAGGAGCGGCCAUUCAAGUGUGACUACUGUGACUACAGCUGCAAGAAUCUCAUUGACUUGAGGAAACAUCUGGACACGCACAGCAAAGAGCCAGCCUAUCGCUGCGAGUUUGAGGCUUGCAGCUUCACUGCACGUUCCCUCUGCUCUAUCAAACUGCACUACCGGAAAGUCCAUGAGGGUGACUCAGAGCCCCGGUACAAGUGCCAUGUCUGUGACAAGUGCUUCACACGUGGAAACAACCUCACUGUCCACCUCAGGAAGAAACACCAGUUCAAAUGGCCCUCGGGGCAUCCUCGCUUCAGGUACAAGGAACAUGAGGAUGGCUACAUGAGGCUGCAGCUGGUGCGUUACGAAAGCGUGGAGCUGACAGAGCAGCUACUGAAGGACAGAGAGAAGCGGGGAGAGGCACUGGAUGGCUCAACUGAGUGUGUGGUGCUGUCAGAGGGUGAGGGCAACCUGCAGGGCAUCAUUCUGGAGGCGCCAGCAGAGGCUUCCCUGGCAGAGAAUGGUAUUGCUGAGCUGCAGGUGGCCCCGCUGUGCCCAGCUCCUUGCUCUGCUGACAACCCUGAGCCAGCACAGCCAAGUGCCUUCCCAGGAGCAGCGCUGUCGUCAGAGCAAGAACCCAGCGCCCCGGCCAACCCUAUCAUCCGUGUGGUGAACCGGACCAAUGAGCAUGGGGAGAGCGAGACUGUGUAUUAUGUCAUGGCCAGCACAUCCUCAGAGGAGCAGCUGGCAGCACCUGGCGGGCUGACUAUGGAGCUGGAGGAGAAUGUCAUGGACCGUCUGCAGAAGACUGCUGAGGAGCUGGGCAUCCAGAUCGUGUGAGGGGCUCACCUGCCUCUCUGUCCCCAUGCCUGCCAGCCGUGGUAUACUGUGGUGAGAGGACAAGACCAAGUUGCUGAGAGCCUGCACUGUGGGAGGUGGGCACUGAAGAAUUGCUAGGAUCUCUUGAUGUGUCCUACAUGCUGCUGCUUGGUGCAACUGCCUUGGAGAGUGUUGUUCCAUGUCCCCAGAGGUGUCACUGG